CUUUGAUUAAUGCCUCAGCAGUUUCUAACAAACAUAGAGACUUGGCCCUGCACAUUGCCGACACUGUUGCCUACAGAUCCAAUUGUAAUCAGCAGAUCAUUGCCGUGGGCAGCAAUCUCUCCCCCAUGACGUUGCGCUCCCACAGAGGCGGGUCAGGUACUGUGCAAUGCCCCCAGCUUCGCCAACCUACUUGGGGCAGAUGGGGCUAGCCUAGCCAGGAAUGGGCAACUCUUUGCCGAGACCAUAUAUAGUCCAUUGUGCCAGCAUUCUGGCAUGAAAGGAUUCAGUCGUCAAAUUCUCAACCCACGAAUAUCUACCCACCAUGUCUUUCAAAUCUAUUGUCAUUACUCUUGCUUGCGCCACCGCUGUCAUUGCCGGCGAUUGCAACCCUAAUGAUCCCUACGGACAAGAAUGUGUCAAUGUCUACGGCAAUGCCAACUGCGACGCCGGCAGCCAGAAGACUAGCUACAAGCCUACCUGCAAAGGAAACUGCUAUGUCUACCCCUUCAACUCCUUGAACGUUCAAGGCUCUUACCUCUACGGCACCAACUGCGUCGCUUACUCCGAUAAAGAGUGCAAGAACAAGAUUGGCGAGAGUGGUAACAUCGUCGGUCAAGGUAAUGGCAAGUGCGCCAACUUUUCUGGUGGCCAGUCUAUGAAGUGCUACUACAAGUGUUAAGUAAUAAUAGAUAUAGAAAUCUACAAUAAUAUUCAACACUAUUUAU